AAGCUUCGGCCUAGGAUGCAGAGCUAACGAGUGCUGCGCAGCCAUCGAGGGACGCUCGGAUGUGAUCGCCACCUCAGGACUCCCAUGUUUCCUCUCUCUCUCGGACUCAUGCAUGAUCCGCUGUGUUGUGUGCGGCUUAAUAAAGACAACGACUAGGGGGAGGAGGGGAAAAAAUAGCAGAAUAGCAAGGGGAAUUUGUCACCUGUCCUUGAGUUCUCUGGCUGGGACGUUGCGCCCGGUAUUGGCAUAUCGAUGAGAGAGUGUGCGUGUACGUGCCCACAUAUCUGCUGGCCUUGGUGCGUGUAUAGGACGUAUGGCCAGCGGGCUGAGAUGCAGACUCUGGAAGACGAGGGAUCGGUGGGUUGUGGACAGGCCACCUAUUACCAGACCCAGGCUUUUGGCCGCUGGAUCGCCAAGUGCGGCAACGCCACCAUGAAUUUCUUAAUGGGAUUAUUCCAGCGCGGUUCCUACUACAUUCCACAUGAUGAGGAUUACUGCAUCAGUAGAAAAAGCAUGGAGCAGUCCGCCUUCAAGUCCAUAUCCAUCGACCACCUUGAUGAUGCUGAUGAUGCUAUAGUUGGUGCUAUCACCUUUGCAAACAAUGCUGCCGUUGACAAGCGCAUGAGCAAGAGCAGCGACUCUCUAUCAGGAGGACUCACGCAAAGGAGAUCACGGUCGACGAGUCUAGGGGAGAAAGACGCAGACAGUGCGUAUGAAGAAGGACCUUCAGCAACAUCAGCUCGGACAAAGAGUGAACUUGAAGUUGAACUCAGAAGACUGACACAUCAAUUAAAUAUGGUAAGGAAAGAUGUGUUCCAUGAUUUAUCUAUUUUUUCAAUGUCAAUGCCAUAUUAGAAAUAGGCAUUUAAAGCAAGAGAUUGUGAAUCAUUCAUUGUUUAGUGUGGAUGUAUAAAAGAGGAAAUAUAGAAAGACAAUAUUUCUAUUGACUUGAACUUGCUAAAAAGUCUGAAGUUCAACAAACUUGACUGAAAUUACUCUUCAAAGGUGACUGUGAAAAAAGCUUUGACUGAGGCAAAUUAUAACUUGCAUUACUUUAUGCAUGGUUGAUUGAAAGAGAAUUGGCAUGAAAAAUACUGAAUCAGUUGUCAAUAUGAGAAAAUUAAGCAUUAUAUUGAUAGAGGUUGUCUUCAUCUCUCUCAAAUUUAAACAACAUAAUGAUAUUCUUACGAAUGUUCUAAGAAGGUGCAUACAUAAUGAAGAUGUUAGGAAAUGAUAUAUUAUCUUUCUUCAAACACACAUGAAUGUACCAUGCCAGGCCUUAAUCCAUCACCACCCACGUUCAAAAUAGAUCUAACAUCAUCUGGCGAUGAUCAUUCUGGAUUAGGAUAACAUUAUCUCUAUUGGGCUGUUGGCAAGCGUUAAGAUGGGAUUGAAACGUAGAGGUGAGGUAGAACAUGAACAUGAGCCCUAUGGGUGUGGGUGUGAAGGGAAACCCAGGGACAGACGGUGUCAGCAUGACUAAUGGCAAACAGUAACAAAGGGAAGACCCUGACGGGUGUGUUCACAUUCCAUGUCAAAGUAUGAUUUAAAGAAUGUUUUGUAACGCCUCUUAUGAUUGAUCGUACACUUAAACAUCAAGGAAAUAAAAGUAAAUAUGUAGAAAAAAACAAUGGAAAGCGGAGAAAGAAUUUAUAGCUAGAAACACAAUCAUCGAACUAAGCAUUCCAGUUUAAGAUUCUUGUAGAAUGGUUAGUCUGACAACAACAAGAACAUCAACAAGAGUUUUACAAUUUUCAUAUGCUAAAAUGUCCUGUUUAUUGACUGGUAUAUUGAUUGGUAUUUCACAGACCAUGGACAUUAAUAAAAGGUAAAUUUAUCAUAUAGCAACUUGCCAUGGAGGUUCAAGAGAUGAUAACUUACAGUUUUAAUAAUAUCAUUUUCUUAAUCAGUGGGUAAAAUAGUGCUGGGUAUUGAUGCUGUACAGUUAAGAAAUAGGAAGGGGCUGUAAGAUCAACAGGAAACACUCUCCAUUCCAUUAGGAAUGACAAUUCCAAUUACCAGUCUCAAAAUGAUUUCUUUAAAAAAGAAUAGAUCAAAAUGAUAGGAAUAAAAGUCAAUAAGCUUUGAUAUGUACUUCCUCCAGUGAGUCUUCAGUACAUUAAAAAAAAGCAGAACCAAAAGAAAAACUGAUAUUACAUAUUUUCUUAGACACUUUUGAAAGUUGGCAUACUUGUUUUAAUGUAGUUUCCAGCAUUUCUAGACAAACUAUAUAACUUAGAACCCAGAAAAUUAGGCAAUAAAGCACAGAACAAUAGGAUUAGUGAAACAAAUCUUUUGUUCUUGGUCUCCUAGUAUAUGAGUGUUGUAAGAAAAUGCUAACUGUGCUGGUACCUUUUGGUUCAUGUGGUAACUCUAUAGGAAUGAAAGAAAUUGGCAGUGAAUGGGUUAAAAAUCACAAAUGAAGUUUCGGAAGAGUACUCCAUCUCAGACGAUGUUUCCUGGACGCUGUAGAUGUAAAGCAGGUGCGGGGAAUGUCUGUUGCCAUGGCGUUACUUGUACAUUCCAGAUGCUUUCCGAAAGUAGGGCUAGCUCUCACCUCGACAGGAAAAACACUCAUCUUCUAUGCCAAUCAUCCUCUCAGCUGCUAAUAGGUUUAGGGAAGGGUUUUAAUGAUUUAUGAUUGCUCCACAUUUCAAAAUGGAAAUGUGUUUUUCUGAUGCAAUCGGUUACAUAAACAUGGAUAUGUGUGUUGUUGAAUUACAACCCUUCAAUUUAGAUAUUCCCUAAAAGUGAAAUGAUCUGAAAAAUGAUAUUACGAGUAUAAAGCAAACUGUAUUUAUUAUUAUAGCUGCUGUAUGGGACUAAAUAUAAUAUUUUAAGAGCAACAACAAAUAACAUGAUCAUCAUCACCAAAAUGCAGGUAGAAUAUUUUUUGUUUGUGGAGUCCUUGUUGUCACAUGACCAGAUAGUAUCACGUUAGGUGACCUUUAGCAAACCUCUGGUGACGGAAAUAGAUGUAGACUGAUUUACUCUACCUGAUUGGAACAAAAAUAGAGAGCGAAGGCUUUGUUGUGAGUGGGUGUAUUCUUUGAAAUCUGUACAUGUAGGAAUGAUCAUAUUCAAGGACUUGGGUGUCCUGGGGCUUGUUGCCGAAAGAAUUUCAAUCAAAUGCAACUACAAAAAAAAAAGCAAGACAACUUUGUUUUCAACCAAUAAGAAUCACAUGCUCGGGGCUUGGAUUGAGUUUUGCUUGAGUGCAUCUCUUUCUGGACUCCAGAGACGGGUUGCAUUAAAAAAAAAACUCUGGCAAUUUUUUUACCAGAGUUUUUAAUGUGUUAAAUGUCAAUGGCUUUUUUAAAAUGUUUUUUUAUGCAACAGACUCCAGAUCAGGGAGAGGGGUUGUGGUUGUCUUUUAGUUGUUAGAAAAAAUAUAAUAAACCGUUAAUUUUCUCUUUGAAAAUAGAAUAGAGAAUUUGAAAAAGAAAUGAAAAUACAAAAUGUACAAAUAUUUACUUGGAGUCACACACUUACUCAAAGAAAGCUUAGACAGAAAUAUUCAUUAUAUGUGUCCUUUUAUAUUUUUGAAGCAUGACAAGGAGGGGGAAAAGAUAUUUCCGAAUGGGGAAUACUUUUGCCUAUAAUAAAUUUUAUUUUUAUUGCAGCAAAGUGAUAAAUUACAGGGCUUAAUCGUUAUUUUACUAGGGCCUUUUUCAAAAUAUUUUGGGGGUAAUUGCCCUUUGCCCUUUUGUAUCUUUUUUAUGCAGAUGACCACUCAAAUGAAUCAUUACAGACUUUAUUUAAUGAAAGAAAAAGCCUAAUAAUGAACCAGAAUUCAAAAACAUCAUUUUAAUUUAAUUGAGGUCAUUGAACUUGGUUCAGAAUACUUGUAAGUUAACCCUUUGCGUGCGACGGGCUUCCACAGAAGCCCAGCGAGUUGUUCACUUAGCUACGACGGGCUUCUACAGAAGCCGAUAUUUUUUUGGUCUAAUUCGAUGAAGUUUUUCAGCUUUUUCGUAAUUGUUAUGUACUAAAACCUCUGCCAUUAUUUUCUUUAUAAACCUAUUUCGAUAACAGAAUGAAAAAAAUAUACAGCUACGUGGGAAAAAUCCCGAAAAUAGGAAAUCAUUUCAACUUUACCCGAUUUUUUCGUUGGAUUCAGACGGGGACGAAUAAAUUUGGUGACGAGCACGUACGCGCGCGCAAAAGGCCUGAUCACGUGACAUGUUCGGAUCACGUGAUUUGAUCCAUAUCGUACACCAACAUCUUUUCUGCAAGAUCGUCACGUAAUAAGCUACGCGUUUAUUCACCAUUUCCGUCUUAUUAUUUGUUUCAUCAAGGAGAUUUCACUCUAGAAUAAUAUCUCCUCGGUUUCAUCGAUUGAUUGUAUUUUCAGAAAAACAGAAAAGCUUGUACGAGAGUAAUGUCUUAGUACUUUGAGCUGAUCUCGGUACACUUUUGAACUUUUUCACUCCCCAUAAUAUAAUCAUCUCUCUUCUUCUCAUUAUUUUUGUCUACUAUUCUGUAAAAAAAAAAAAGAGAAAAUAAAGCAGUUUAGCGCACCAUUCAUCUUAUGCUGUUUUCAAAAGGAAAACGUCCAUGUUUUUCAUGAUAUCCGCACUACCCGAACAAAAGAAGGUUAGGGCGGCCACUCAAACAAAAUCCUUCCGAAAAGAGCAGGAUACAGAUGGUCAACGCCCCGAACAAAAGGAAGAUUAGUGUUUAUCGAGAGGAUGACUUAUUGAAUGCUUUUCGUACUUAGCAAUACAAAAAGCUUUUAUGAAUACUUUUUUUUAUUUCGACCAACAUACCGGAACUAAAAACAACAAACUUUGUCUCAUUUACCAACAACUCGUAGGUGCUUAUGACAUCCGUCAGUGAUUCAAAGCGCUUCCCCUUGGUGAUGAUGCAUAUAAGGAUGAAAGAAGAACCAUUUAGGGAAAUUGUAGAAAAAAAUGUUCAGAUGUCACGGAGAACGAGAGAGAAUGAGAGACAGAAAAUAAAAGGGUUAAUAGACAAGUGCGCUUUGCUAAAAUCCAUGAAUAUCCACUUAAACGAAUAACAACAUGACUUUAUUUUUGGUUAUAGAUUACUAAAAAAAAUCCCACAACGUUUGUUUGUCGCAACUCGGUCCUCAGACCCUUGUCAAACUGAUGACUUUUUUUUUAUUAUUCUUGUUUGACAUACCCCUUCCCCCUCCAGAUAGAAAUGUUCUGACCUGCACUCUAAUAUUGCUUGUUUGUCUCCUCUCUCCGAUUUUCUGGGGUUUUUUUCGCCAAUUUCUUAUUUUUUAUUUAACCGGCGAAAAGCGUGGUAGAAAAGAUUCAUUUAGAAAAAAAUCCGACCCACCCGUUUUUGUUCCCGUUACUGCAAACAAACAUUUGGGUCGCUUACCCUGGUUAGCAUCAAAACUGAAAUAUCUUAUUUCUUACAUAAAAAAAACAGGGGCCGCUGAGCGUUUUUGAUAAUGGAGGGGUUGAGCCGAUAGUUGGAGGGAGUGCACCGGCUAAAAGAAAAAUUACAAAUUUAUAUAGACUUCGGAUUUUUUGUACAUGUUUGCUGAAGGGGAGAGGACUGAAACUUCCUACCAACUCCGCCGCUUCUGUACUAUUAGAUUGAACGAUUAAAACGAUAGAGGCAAAAGUGAAUUAUAUUAUAAUACUAAUAAUAAUGAUAUGCAACAUUUAUAUAGCAAUUAUAAUACAAAUGUUUCUAAGCGCUGCAUACUAUUACUAUUAUGAUUUGUUUUAAUGAUUUAUUUAUUACCAUGAUUAUUUCAUGUGGUUUUGGUUGUGAAAUCAAGGAGACACAUAAAAAAUAGAACAAAACGAAAGAACAAAUAAAAAACACUUUUAAUUGCAGAUGUUAUAAUUUAUUCAAGAAAAAAUAAUUUCUCUUACUUUUAGUAGUUGCUAGCAUGGCUCUUUUUGAGGGAAAAGUAAAAUAAAGAAAGAAACGUAGAAAGUGACAAGGAGAGAGUCGGGAGGUAUGAUUUCAGACUUACAAUUUUAGUCACUCGUACUCGUGUAACUUUGAAAUAAUUUCAGGAUAUUACAAAUCGAAUACUGGUGCGCAAACUUCAGGAAGAAAAUUAUUUUACUAUUACAAUAGCUGCGUGGCAAACUGAAUUAAUUGAGACAUAUAAUUAACGAAAAAAAAUCUCUUAGGAAUACUGCUUUUCAUAUUACGACAAU